ACCGAGCCGGAGGCCCGCAGCCGAGCUCAGUGUCCGGCUGGCCGCCUGUCGAGCUCCGUCUGCGGGGUUGUGCGGAUCAAGCCGAGCGAGUGAAGCGCGGAGGACCCGAGAGCGGCGGGCUGGAGCGGCGGGAUGAGCGCUAACAGCAUGACGGACCCGCGGAGACCCAAUAAGAUAUUCCGCUACAAGCCCCCCAGCACAGACUCCAACCCCACCCUGGAGGACCCCACCCCAGACUACAUGAACCUGCUCGGCAUGAUCUUCAGCAUGUGUGGGCUGAUGCUCAAGCUGAAGUGGUGCGCCUGGAUCGCCGUUUACUGCUCCUUCAUCAGUUUCGCCAACUCGCGCAGCUCCGAGGACACCAAGCAAAUGAUGAGCAGCUUCAUGCUGUCCAUAUCAGCCGUGGUGAUGUCAUACCUGCAGAACCCACAGCCCAUGUCACCGCCGUGGUAACGGAGCUCACAACCCCGGGUUGAGCCACGACAGCGGAGAUGAGACAAAGUGACGGAGCAGCACAAAUAAUCAGCGGGGGAUCUGUCGGGUGGGACCACCUGACCUUUCACCACUGUCUCUGGAGCCACGCUGAGCUGCUCUGCUGAGAUCAGCUGAUACUGUUUAUACACUGUAGUCGCGGAUAUAAAAUAAAUGGGUUUUUAACCCUGAACACUGA